CCAAUUGAUGCUUAUGUCACACGAUGGCGAACUGAUCCAUAUUCACGUGGUUCAUAUUCUUAUGUUGCUGUGGGUGCAACUGGUGCUGAUUAUGAUAUCCUCGGUGAACCAGUUGCUUAUCAUCAGCCCGGCGGUACAGCAAAUCCCACUGGUGUAAAACACCCAAACAAUCCAACCAUUGAACAACAAUCUCAUACAACAAAUGAUAGUUCUGCGUCAAUCACACAUCAACCUCGUAUAUUUUUUGCUGGUGAACAUACAUGUCGAUGUUAUCCAGCUACAGUGCAUGGUGCACUUUUAAGUGGUCUACGUGAAGCAGCACGUAUAGCAAAUUAUUAUUUUCCAGGUCAAACACCUGUACGUUUGUCAGGCUUUAAAUUGCAUACUGCACAGAAUUGUUAAAUUUGGCAACUUGUAAAUUAUAAUUCAUUUCUCGCUCUCUCAAUGUCAAUUCCUCUAGUUACUUUUUUUUCAUGUCAAUACCAUUUUUCUACUGUUCUUCAACCAACUGUAGAUUCACACUAUCACAUCAAUCAUUAAUAUGAUUAUCUUAUGUCUUAUUUAGAUGUUGAUGAUGUGUAUUCACUUUGAUUAAUAAAUACUUUUUCUCUUUUUCCCUCUCUGUGUGUAAAAUAAUCGUAUUCAUUUUUAUUUUGGUGUGCAAUCUGUAUUGUAAUCAGAUUGUUCAGGUUGUAUGAAUAAUAAUAAUCUUUAUUUAUCUAUCUAUCUAUCUAUCUACUUUGUGUAUUGUGUGUGUAUAUCAUCGAGCUUAGUUGUAUGUAUAAUACGAGCUGUGUUGUUGAUGUUGUGGAUUGGUAGCAGUAGUAGUAGUGAUAACUUUUCCAUGAAUAUUUCUUUUAUUAUGUAAAAUGUAUUCAUUAUAUUUACUUUCUGCUCUACUCUACUCUACUCUGCUUUGUUUUACUAUUGUAAACAUAUUCUUUCUGCUUUUUAUUACUAUUAUUAUUAACAUUUUGAAAUACAAUGAAUGGCAUUGACUUG